CGAGCACAGCGCAAGCUGACGUUGGCCUGACUGGCCUGACUGACGACAAGGUUGACUUGACGGUCUGAUCGGAUGUAUCACACGAGAGUAGAAGCAUGACUGCCGUCUCUACGUCGUCCGAGGGGGCGAGCACGGACAGCAGCAACGAUUCGGCCAUGAGCUUCAUCACGCACAGCACUGCAGAUCUAGUCGAGAUAAGCCGCAAGCAGGAAGCCGACGAGACAGCGAGCGGGGCGGAGGAUGCUUACUGCCAGCUCGUGUUCUCCAAGUCCAAAGUAUACGUCUAUCCCUCGACGCACAGCAAGGAGAACAUUGCAGGCUAUGUCGCCAUCGUACAACAGGGAGGAGCCUAUCUGCUCAGCUGGAUCCCAGAACGCGUCGUCAAUGAUGAGGAGCAGGACAAGUUUGUGCUCGUCGAGGCUGCGGCCGACGGCAGACCGAUCAGUCGGCUCCAGCCUGAUGCAGACAGCGUCCUCGUCUCCUCCUCUCUGACUUCCAAACCUGCCGAGCAUGCCUUCAGCCUGCCUAUAACAUCGAUCUACAGCCUGGAAGUGAGACCGCCCACGCUUUCGGCGUGGUAUGGCACCAUCGUCAUCCACACCUUUGGUGGUAUCAGUCUGCCCCCGCUGUACUUUCACGAUGAUGAGUCGCCUUCGACCGUCUUCACGCGAGACGCGCGCAAGACGUUACUAGACACCAGCAAAGGCAAAGCGCCGGCUUUGCUACAGCGCCUACCGAGUUCGUGGGGUGGCGAAGCACUCAUCAACAAGAUGCGACAGUAUGCCAACGUCAUCCGGUCUAACAUCGAGCCAACGCUCUACCUCGUCAAUCCAAACACUGCCGACCUCGAAGCUCAUUCGACUUUCUUCUUCGAUGAUGAUGUGAUCGGCAUACCGAGCAAGCCCACCUCGACAGCCUAUGCAGCUGCAGGCACAAACGUACGCAAGGACGCUCGAGGCAGUAUCCUGCACGAAGCACUGAAACCAGAUCGACGGUUUCGUUCGACACGGACGGGCGAGACACACUCGCAAUCGCCCGCAAUGGACGAUCUCACCUUCAGUCUCCUGUCGUCCUUUUCUAAACUCACGCGCAACGCUCGAUCGGCUGCGCAGAGUAUUGCCCAUCCGAUCCUCUCGCAUCGCUUGGCGAAACCGAUCCUACCCCAUCUGCCACCACCCAUCGCAAAUCUCUACACCGCCCACCCGGAAUGGAGCAAAUGGGAGGAAGAAGCCGGCGUGGGAGGCUACGACGCUGCGCGAGUCUAUCUAGCCAAAUGGUCUCGCAUCGUGGCGGAAGAAGGCGAGCGAGCAAGACGCGCAGAAGUAGGCUGUGAGGGCGAGGAAGAAGGGGCUUUGGGCGCCUUCGAAGUUCUUGCUACAACCUAUAGCAUUCAGCGGCCGAGGACGACGCGGGCCACGAACCAGCCUAUAGAAGCAUCAGAAUGGGCGGCAUAUUUCGACCCCGCGACCGGCGUCCUCUUGCUGGCGGAAGACGAAGCUAGGCGACGCAUCUUCCAAAGAGGGCUCGUACCGGCCGCGAGAAAGCAAGCUUGGCCUUUCUUACUUGGCAUGUUCGACUGGACAUCCUCCGCCGAAGACCGUCGAGCAGCUCUGGCGGCGAAGACUACCGAAUAUCACGACCUUCGCUCGCUUUGGUAUGGUCAAACCCAAGUAACCUCGACAGACGAGUUCAUCGAAGAGAACCAUCGCAUAGAGAUUGACUGCCGCCGAACCGAUCGUAUACAACCCAUGUUUGCCGCGACGGCGGAAGAGGAGCAAGGCCCGACGAGUUUAGCAGGCUUGGACGCCUCUCUACACACUCGCGCGAGCUCAGGCGGUCAGCCGGCGUCGAAUAUUCACGUCCGAAGGCUACAGGAGAUCUUGCUCACCUACAAUUUCUUCGAGACUGAGCUGGGCUACGUGCAAGGAAUGUCUGACCUCUGCUCGCCGCUCUAUGUCACUUUUGAUGCCGACAAGAUCACCACUUUCUGGUGCUUCGUUGGCCUGAUGGAGCGCAUGAAACGCAACUUCUUACGGGAUCAAUCGGGCAUGAAGCAACAGCUAUCGCAGCUGCAAGAGCUCAUCGCCCUGAUGGAUCCAGAGCUAUACAAGCAUUUUGACAAGACAGACAGCCUAAACCUGUUCUUCUGCUUUCGCCAACUGCUGAUUCUGUUCAAGCGCGAAUUCACUUUCGCACAAAUCCCGAUGCUAUGGGAGAACUUCUGGACGGACGUCUGCGGUACCUCACCCCAAUGCUUCUUCGCGCUCGCAAUCCUACAAACCCAUCGCGAUCCGAUCAUCCGCCAUCUCGUCUAUUUCGAUGAGGUGCUCGCUUACAUCAAUGGCUUGAGUCUGACGAUGGAAGUCGAGCCACUGCUGGCGCAAGCCGAAAUACUUUACAAGACUUUCCAGCUCGUCGUCGAGGACAACGACCGCAGGCGGGCAGAGGCAGCUGCAAAGGAUGCGCCCGGUAGUACAGAGGACAUCCUACGACGACGAGGCGCGCUCGGCUUCAAAGAUGCCCGUCUCAAGAAGCUCGAGGAUGAAGACGCGGCAAAAGCAGCCAAGCCUCUACCGCCGCCGAUCUCAGACAAUCUACGGAGUCUGCUCACGCCCACACCCUCAUGAUCUGUAUAACACACGAAUGCGCGAAGUUUGAUGUUGUCGUUGCAUUGCAAAUGCAAGCUUGAAGUGAUGAGACGUGGAAUCCU